CCUUCGACGCCCUUCGUUUGACAUUGUCACCUCGUUUCACCGAAUCGUUCGAUUCUCGGGAGCAAUACUUGUGAAAACGAGCAUAAGACACGACAGUGACAAUUUAUCAAAUCAACAAAUAUCCUCGACAAAUUCAUCGUACGUCAAUUUUCUUGUUAGAGAAAAAGGAUCGUAUUUCAGGGAAAAAAUGGCACUGAACAAACUCAGCAUCGACAAGGUCGACCUCGCCGGCAAAAGGGUCCUCAUACGCGUCGAUUUUAACGUUCCGAUGAAAGAAGGAAAAAUCACGAACACUCAGAGAAUCGUUGCUGCCUUGGACACAGUCAAGUAUGCUCUGGAGAAACAAGCCAAAUCCAUCGUCCUUAUGUCCCACUUGGGACGUCCGGACGGUUCGAAAAAUAUGAAAUACACCAUGAAACCUGUUGCGGAUGAACUCAAAACUCUACUGGGUAAAGAUAUCCAAUUUUUGGAUGACUGCGUUGGACCUGCAGUCGAAGCUGCUUGUGCCGAUCCUGCUCCUGGUACUAUCAUUCUUUUGGAAAACUUGAGAUUCCACGUCGAAGAGGAAGGCAAGGGUGUUGGUCCGGAUGGCAGCAAGAUCAAAGCUGACAAGGACAAAGUCACAGAAUUCCGUGCAUCGCUAAGGAAACUCGGUGAUGUCUACAUCAAUGAUGCAUUUGGCACAGCGCAUCGUGCACACAGUUCAAUGAUGGGUGACGGUUUUGAUAUAAGAGCGAGUGGCUUCCUGUUGAAGAAAGAGUUGGAUUACUUUGCCAAAGCUUUAAACAAUCCUGACAGGCCUGUCCUGGCAAUCCUCGGAGGUGCUAAAGUGGCUGACAAAAUUCAAUUGAUUAAUAAUUUGUUGGAUAAAGUCAACGAAAUGAUUAUCGGCGGUGGAAUGGCCUAUACUUUCCUCAAAGUCACCAAAGACAUGAAGAUUGGCAACUCCUUGUUCGACGAGGAAGGUGCCAAAAUUGUGAAGGAUCUGUUAGAAAAGGCAGCGAAGAACAACGUUCAGAUUCACCUUCCCGUUGAUUUCGUUACGGCUGAUAAAUUUGCGGAAAACGCUGCAGUUGGAAGUGCCGAUGUUGCUUCGGGCAUUCCUGAUGGGUGGAUGGGACUCGACGUUGGACCUAAGUCCAGCGAAUUGUUUGCUGAGCCGAUUAAACGAGCAAAAGUAAUCAUAUGGAACGGACCAGCGGGUGUUUUCGAGUUCGAUAAUUUCAGCAAGGGAACGAAGAGUUUAAUGGACGGUGUUGUAGAAGCUACGACACGUGGUGCGAUUACGAUUAUCGGAGGUGGUGACACGGCAACCUGUGCCGCGAAGUGGAAAACCGAGGAUAAAGUGAGCCACGUGAGCACGGGUGGCGGCGCAAGUUUAGAAUUGUUGGAAGGAAAAGUAUUGCCAGGUGUCGAUGCACUGUGUGCGUCUUCCUAAAUGUAAAUAAUCAUUAGAAAGUAAACAUACACGUACAUAAACGCGCAAAAAACCGUGACAAUAGAACAGAGUGAAAAAGUCGAAUGGUUUGAAUGACACGAGAAAAGACACUGCAGCAUAGUUUUUACCAUUCAUACAUUGAAAAUCAAUCGUGAUUUUUGUCCCCAAAGUACCAGAUUUCGGACUCGAUCAAGUGUCCUCGAGCUUGAAGAUGAUUAACAGUUUAAAAGUAUACGUAUAUUUUAUUGUUAUAUACAUACAAGAUAUACCUUCGGUGUUAACGAACUACGUCGUUUAAAAAGAAUAACAAAAGCAGCGCCUAGAAUGAGCGCCAGUAAAACCUUCAACAAUAAAUUAAUUACUCGUAUGUGCACGUAGAGAUUUUAUGCGUUGUGUUCCGUUCAGGGAAGUCGUUGAAAAUUAUAUAAAUAACAAGAUAACGUGUCAAAGAUAGAAAUUUGUGUCACGCGUAAAAAAAACAAUAUCGAUGUUGAUGAAAAGAAAAUGAUAAAUAUCGAAUGUU